AUGCUCAAUAUUUCUUAAAGGUGGUUGAAAACGCAAGAAGUUUAUUAAAUUCUAACAGAAUUACGAAUAGAUAUUCAUGCCUCUCUUCCAAAUUAGCCUUAAUCAGGCUCAUAUUUUCUAAUAAGACCAGAAAAAGAAAGAGGAUGGAAGAAAGAUGGGUAUUAAUAUAUUCCUCGCCAUAAUGGAGUUGGAACUAGAGAAGAUGUUGAAAAACUUAAAAUAAAUGGAAUUCCUGUAAGAUAUUUAAGUUUAAGAUUUAGAUGAUUAUUUGUUUAUAUUCCUAAACUAUAAAGAAGGAUGGUUAAUAAUUAAAUAGAAGAAUAUAUAAGCUAUUAGAAUAAACAUAAAAUAUUUAUUUAGUACACUAUUUAAAUUCCUAAUUUUCAGAAGUUGGAGAGUAAAACGAAGUUUAAAAAUAAAUCGAACCUUUAGUUAAUAUACCCAUUAAUAAUGAAUUUUAAUGUGAUUCUUGGUUUCUCUGUGAUUUCCAAGAUUAAUAAUAAGAUCUCGAAUUGAAAUAAAGUAUUUGUCAUUAUUAUUUAGAAAUAUCAAUUUUAGAAAAACGAAUACAAUAUUUAGAAUAAGAGAGAAAUACUGGAGCAUCUAGUUCUACUCAUAGAGAAAGCUCGGAUGAAUUUAAUUCUAGUUUUAAAGAAACAUUAUCAGUUAAAAUUGUUGAUUUUUCACCUGAAUGGGACUAUACAGAAGGUGGCAUGAAAAUGAUGCUAUGCUUCUAACCAAUCAAAGAGCUUUAUUAAUGUUAAAUUUUGUUUGGAAAUAUUCCUGUAGUAGCUAAUUGUGUACAACCUGGAGUAUUAAAAUGUAUUGUUCCUUCUAAUGUUCCUGGAAAAGUAGAGUUAAAAAUUAUUAGUAAUGGAAUACUGAUUGAUGAACAUCAUGAUACAAAUUAUUUCACUUAUAAGUAGAAAAGAAAAACAAAAAAAGAUAAAUAAUAAAAAGAAAAAAUAAUUGAAUAGGAUAAAAUAGAUAGUUCAGAAUUUAAAGUUCGAGUUAUUGAAAAACUUGCAUCCUUCCAAGCAUACUUUACUAAUUCAUUGAAUAUAUAAGUUACAAAUAUGGAAUAAGAAAAUAUUGAGUCUUUAGAAUAAAUUGAUGAUUCUCGAGUCACUCAUUUAAUAUAAUAAAUAAUCAUUUUAGGAAUGAAUCAUCAAGAAAUAGUUAUAUAGUUUUUAAAUGAAUAAGAUUCAUAUGGAUUUUCCUUAAUACAUUAUUUAACAUUAUUAGGAUAUGCUUAAGCCAUUAAAUUAAUUCUUAAAAAUGGAGCCAAUAUAAAUUAAUCUGGAUGUGAUGGAUUAACGGCUUUGUAAAUUGCAAUCAUUUUAUAGUAAGAAGAAAUAGUGAAUUUAUUAAUAUAAUUGGGAGCUAUUGAUGAUUAAUUUAAUGAAAAUGCUGGAAAAAAACCAGAUAUUGAUUAACUAUUUUCUAUUGACAGUGUCUAUUAAAAUAAAAAGAUCUUAGAUCUACUAAUUAGAGGGUAUACUUUAUGUGAUUCUAUUCAUAAUUCAAGUUCAUAUACUGAAUAAUAAUCAUGGAAUGGGUAAGAUGAUUAAGAUACUUAAUAAUAUUUUGAAGUUAAUGAUCUGUUUGAAAAUAAAAACAGUCCAGUUAUUAAAAAUGAGGAAAAACACACAAAACAUAAAUAUCUAAGGAACUAUUCAAAGCAUGAAGUUCGACCACAAUAGAUUGAAUUUAAUUCUAAUUUUGUAAUUAUUGUAUUUUAAAUAGCCUUACGAUAACUAUGCCAAUCAUAUAUAAACUAUUUAAAAAAAUGUUAAAGCUUGGCUAUUAAGAAGAUAAUAUUUAGAUAUCAAAUAUGCAACCUAAGUUUUAUAAAAUUGUAAAUAAUCUCCUUAAUUUAGAUAUUAGGAAUAAGCUUCAUAAAAAAUAAAUGAAUCCAGAUUGUAAAAGUAAAAUUAAAAGCACCGUGAGAAAUUGGUUAAACCUUAAGUAUUGA